CCAAAACACAGCCUUAAUAAUAUACCAUCUUCCCAAUUUUGUCAGUCAAAAUCCACAGAGAGAAGAGAACUAAAAGUUUGAAGAAAGAAAUGGCCUCAACUUCAGCUAUUUCAAUGGCUAUGCCAAUAACUUCUGCUAGCCAGAAGAGAAUUCCAAGUUCAGAGACUUUCUUCAAGCCAUUGCCGGUGAGACAAUCCAAGGUUUUGGUGGCAUUGAAAUCAAAUGGGAAAUUUCAAGUGAAAGCUUCUUCAUUCAAGGAAAAGGCACUUACCGGGUUGACAGCAGCUGCACUCACUGCUUCCAUGGUGGCUCCAGAGGCUGCUGAAGCUGCUGUUUCUCCAUCUCUCAAGAACUUCUUGCUUAGCAUUGCUGCUGGUGGCGUUGUUCUCACUGCUAUUAUCGGUGCUAUAAUUGGUGUUUCCAAUUUCGACCCUGUAAAGAGGACUUGAAUGUAGUCAAAGAAUUCUAUUUCUUGUAAUUGGUUAACUAUUUAUGUUGUGCGAAACUCUUUCAUGUAUUUCCUGAUAUAAAAACCUUCAUUUCCAUGUUUGUCUUGAA